AUGUUGAGACUGGCCUAUUAUCAGUGCACAUUUCGGACGGAAUUCACAUGUGGAAAUCAGCAAUCGCGAAUAGACGAACACAGCGUGGAAGAAUUCUACGAAGUCUUACUGGAGAAAGUUAAAGAAGAAUUAGGAGGAGGAGGCCCAGGCAGCACGACCGCUGGAAAGUGGGCCCGAACGAUGUUAUCGGAAGAGGAGCUGUCCGAUUACAAUAAUCAAAGAAGUAAGCGAAAGCGUGAUGCCGAGGAAUUGGAGAAAAAUGUUCAGAAAAUGCCAUGA